AUGACAAAACUUACGUGGAAUUUCCAGACGUAUGAGGACGGUGUGCCUUGGACAGUCACCAGCCUUGCUGAAGGAGAGCGAGCGGUCGCCAGCCUGUCCAACAACAUCAAGCCCAGUCGCCUCGUGGUGCUGUCCACCCACACCCGCCCCAUCCCGGGGCUGGGGGAGCUGCUGUCCCGCCUCGCCGCCCACCACACCGGCGACAUCAGCCUGCUGCCCCUGGACUCUUUCUGGAGGCCGGCAGGGCAGGCGGAUGGAGGCAUGGCAGCCAUCAUUAACAAAGACCGCCUAGAAACCAUGUACGGCUCUCCUGAUCAAGUCUUGGUCCACUUAAACUUGCGACGUUUCGCCGGAAUGCAGAAUGGUGGUUUCAAGGUUUCCAAACUCCAAACAAGGGUAGCUAAGGAGUGGAUUUGCAAGAUUGGUGUCCGUUUUGACAACGACUGCGACUAUGGGGCUUUCAAAGCCUUACCAAAACAAAUAGACGAUGCUUGUUGUGUACGAGGAACGCCUUGCAACGUCAGCUCCAAAUUGUGGAAGAACGGUUGUAGGGUCAACCGCUGGCAUUUCCCAGACCUCUGCGACAAAGACUUGGACUGGAUCAUCUCCAUGCUGUACCGAUUCAGAAAUUCUCGCUUGAGUCUGGUCUUACCGAGAAAUGGCCUCACGCACAAGGGCGCUCGUCGGCUGUUCGCGGCGCUCCACAAAAUUUGGUUGGUAUACCACGACCCUGGCGCGGUGCACCUGACGGCAGCUGGCAGUAGCGGUGCACCUGAUCUCACCUUCAUCGAGUUGUCAACGAACAACAUCAUUCAAUGGAUGUAAAAUGC